GCAGAGGCCUCGGUGGUCGAUUGAGCAGGUCUGAGCGAGGUUCCCAGAGGGCUGCGGGUUUUCGGGUUGUCGGCGGUGUCAUGGCGGGUGCGCUGAAGAAGACUACUGGCCUUGUGGGAUUAGCUGUAUGUGAGACUCCACACGAGAGGCUAAGAAUAUUGUAUACAAAGAUUCUUGAUGUUCUUGAGCAAAUCCCUAAAAAUGCAGCGUAUAGAAAGUAUACAGAACAGAUUACAAAUGAGAAGCUGGCUAUGGUUAAAGCGCAGGCUGAAAACGAACUAAGUCUGGCAAGAAAAAUGAUGCAGUGGAAACCAUGGGAGCCGUUAGUGGAAGAGCCUCCUGCCAAUCAGUGGAAAUGGCCAAUAUAAUCAUCAUUAAAUGACUUUAGCGGGUUGAUAGAAGAUUGAUACAAUUAAAUGUUGUGUUAUAUUUAAAAUAUGUCUAAAUUAUUGACAUUAUCAAGAAACUGAUACAGAACAUAUUUCAGAGACUUGUUAAAAAUAGUGAUUAUGGGUGAUAAGGUCUCAUGAAUCAGUUUUUGAUUUGUGAAGUAGUCACACAGAUUAUUUCAAAGAUGAUAUUUCUUUGAACAGAGAAGUUGUGGGAAGACUUGAAAAUUAAUUAGAAAAAUUCCUAUAGAUCUUCAGUGCAGAGGACAUAAUUGAAAAGUGAAAUAUCUCUAGUAGUAUCUUCAAUAUGUCAUUUAAUUUUUUUAUUAUCCUGAAAAAGAGAAAAGGCACUUAAUUAUUACUGUCCAAACAAAUUUAUAGGUCACUGUUUGAAGUAAAGUAGUAAGAGUGAAUAUUUUCAAAUGUGAAUAAAAUAGCAAAAGUAGCUGGUGCUAAAAUUGGAAAUUAUAGUUAACCUCCUUGGCUGUGAUCUUAUGUAUAUAAAGUA